GUGCACCACCACGCUGAGUAUACAGCGUAUCUACUGGUGUUGGUUUUUCACGUGACCUUGGUCUAGUAGUGUCAUUCUCAUGCAUUUAAUGGUCCACCGUGUCACAAUAGCCCAUGCACUUAAUUACACUACUAAUUACCUCUUGCAUGCAACAAGUAAGCUCAGUACCAAUCCAAAGUCAGAUUGCCACAGAACCUAGCCGAGCCUCCUAAGAGAUUGAUUCAGUUUCGAGCUUGCACUAUCGAAUCCAGAUUAGACUCCUCCAUGCAGUCCAAUCAGAACUAUACGUGUCCUGAUCCAAGUCACGACUCCAUCUUCGACACGACGACACCCCUGCAAUCUCCGUUUGCGAUCGUUCUCUUUGCUCGCUAGUUCUGCUCAUGGCUUCCUGCUCAGUCACCGCGCCCUCGUGUACUGUUAGAGUAUAUGGUAGUUAGGAUCAUAUUAGGAUAUGAUUGAUUUGUGUGGACUCCUUCCAUAUAUGUAAUCCUUCCUUAUCUCCUCCCCCAUGUACUCCUAUAUAUAUCGCCCCCCUGAGGCUCAAUACAAUUGUGAUCCACGUUACACAGUAUCUCUCUCAUACUAUCUAACAUGGUAUCAGAGCGGGCGAUCUAGCGCCGCUCCCACGCUUCCGCCGCCGCCGCCCCCGGGAGUAGCGAUCUCCCAGGGGCGGCCACCCGUUUUUUUUUCUCUUUUCGUCGUCGCCGUUGUCCUGGAGAGAUCAAUCUCUGGGCGUUCUGCUCGUCGUCAGAUCGAUCUGAGGCCAAUCUUCAGAUCGGUCAUGCAUCUUCUUCUCGUCGUCGUUCAUCGUCACGUCAACAUGAAGCAGCUAGCAGACCACCAUGCCAGCCUCGCCAGGGGAACCCGUUGCCAGUGCCACGCCGGAAGUCGGCGCUCCUCCGGCUCACCCUCCCCCUCCAUCGUCGUCAGCCGGCCCCUGCCUUGGCGGCGGCGAUCUGGAGGAGUCCGCCGCCCUGACGACCUCCCUGUCAGCCUUCCGCGACCACCGCCCGUCCGCCGGCUCCUCCGCCUAGGCUGCCACCGCUUGUCGUCGUCUCUCCGGCUGGGGACCACCGCCGCCCGGGGGGAUCUGUCUCUGCCACUGCCAGGGGGACAGCCGCCUCUUCUCGACGCGUCAGGCCGCCAGCCACCGAUGCUCCGCCGUUGCCGUCGGGGCUACGGGGCCGCCGCCUGGCCGGCGGUCGGCGUCGCCUUCCCGGCUCCCGAUCUGACCGCCGCCGCCGGGGGGAUGGAGCUCGACCCCUCCGGCCAGCCGGCCCUGAGGCCCCCUGUUGGCGCCGGCCAGCCUCCGCCGCACGACCUCCUCCCGCCGAGGCCAUCGGCUUGUCGGCGACCCGGACAACGCGGCGUCCUACCGCUCCUCGGCUCCUGUCCCCUUUGUCUCUCUCGUUGUGGUAAUGGGAGAUGGGAGAUGAUUGGUUGGCUGGUUGACUUGCCCGUGUGGACUGUGGUGCAUUAAUGGACUUGGCCCAUGUGCUGCUAGUUGGGCUAUCUAUUAAUUGCAACUGCAUUGCUGCUGCUGCUUGUAUCCGUGUAUAUCUUUCUUUUAUCCCGAUCAGUGAACGGGUUUGCGUCGCCCGCCGCCUCGUCGACAUCGGCACGUCUCCGACAUUGGCAUCGACUCUGCUUCGACUUCAUCGUUCCGCCUCGCGCAUCUUCGGCUUGAUCACCCGUUCAAGCGUCCGGCUACAACAACUUCUACAACCGAUCAUCAUCGAGCAUGCAUCUACACCAUCAAGCUUCGGGCUGCCGCUGCGUCGCCCUCUCGGGCUGCAGUGUUGCCGCUCAUGGUCCAUCUCCACUAGUUGUUGGAACGCUGCAAGGCGCCCUCCUCAGCGUGGCCUCACCACCGGUGAACUUCUCGCCGCUGCAUCGACAUGGAGCUGUAGCUGUGUUGUGCUCUCGAACCGCAGCUUCGCCGCUUUCAUCGUCUUCAUCGCCGUUCGCGCAUCGACAACCUCGUCAUCCGCACUGGUCAUCGUCAGCCGCUUAGGGUCUUCUUCCUCUACUUCGAGCAUCGCCGCCGCGUCUCCAAGCUGCCACUGUCGCCGCUCUAGGCCGGUGAUCCAGCUACCUCUACAUGGCUACCGACGUCGCCAUCUAGGCCGUUGGUCCCGCUACAUCGCCUUAUACUUCAUCCAACAUGAUUCAUCGCCAGCGUUGCCGUAUCUUCCUCGACUACACUUCGCUCUUCUCCGACAAUCGUGUGCUGCUCCGGCAAUUCUCCCUCUACGCCGUUCUCGCGCCGCGACCGUCUUGGAGGCCUUCUCUACUAGUCUCCUUCGACAUUGGCGUAUGAUUCAUGGUGGUCCCCUACCUAGCCCGCGCGGUAUUGGCAACACCGUUGCACGUGUUCGUCCCGAGUUGUCCCCGUGUCUGGCAAACCCGGCGUGACGUCUCGUCUUUCACGGUUCGACUACAUCGGCUCUUCGGCGUCAUCUACCUCAACGACUGCCGCGAUCGUGUCACCGUUAUCGUCUUCCGUGUGUCCUUGCGCACCUUCGUCCACGACGCCUUCCCGUGCGUCCACGAUCACUCUACGACGCCUCAUGCGCUCCCUGCGGCUCGGCUACCUCGACAUCAGCUUCCUAACUUCGGCUACAUCGACCACGGCUACUCUACGCACGGCUUCAUCGAUCACGGCUCCCUCGCAUCCAUCGCUUUGGCUACGUUGAUUAUGGCACAAAGGGCUAUCAUCCGUGUUGAGCACUCUUGCCGGUUUCUUCUCCAGUCCAAGUGUCCGCGCUGCUCACGCUUGAACUGCGGGGGGAUGUUAGAGUAUAUGGUAGGUAGGAUCAUAUUAGGAUAUGAUUGAUUUGUGUGGACUCCUUCCAUAUAUGUAAUCCUUCCUUAUCUCCUCCCCCAUGUACUCCUAUAUAUAUCGGCCCCCUGAGGCUCAACACAAUUGUGAUC